AUGAAUCCUUUGGAAAUUGAUAAAACAUUCCUUCGCAAUUCCGAAGAAACUGUGGGAAAGUGUUGACAAUGAAAUUAAAUGAAUUUUCGAAGUGCGAGACCUGCUGCAGUUAUUAAAAUUCUUUGUUUACAUAACGAACUUCAGUUUUUCUGGAUUAUUUCCGUCAGAUCAUCAAAUUACGUUUUAAUAAAGGUUAACUUUUUAAAUAAAUUAUAGUGUUUAUUGUACCUUCACUGUCAGUGUCCUUUGAUUGUGUGACAAUAUUAUUUUGUUUCUAGCAAGAAAAAGUUUUGCUAUAUGUAUGAUUUAAUAUAUAAAUUUUGUGUACAUACUAAGUGAAGUUUUGUCAGUUCUUAGAAUAGAAUGUAAUAGAAAUUGUAUGAGUCGUAGUAUAUGUAAUAAUUUUUGUUAUGGAUGUUUACUUUUUCAGUUAUUCAAACAUUUUAAAAAAAACAAUGUCUGGAGAACAAUUUUCCUUGGUUUGGAACAGUUUUCCAAGAAAUUUAUCUUCUGGAUUAUACACAUUAUUAACUGAUGAACAAUUAGUUGACGUAACAUUAGCUGCUGAGGGUCAGAUACUACGUGCUCAUAAGUUAAUAUUGUCAGUUUGCAGUACGUAUUUCAGGGAAUUGUUCAAGGGAAACUCUUGCAAACAUCCAAUUGUAAUUUUAAAAGAUGUCAACUACCGUGAUCUGUCAGCAAUGCUUCACUUUAUGUAUCAAGGAGAAGUUAACAUUAAACAAGAAGACAUUGCUAGUUUCUUAAAAGUGGCAGAGACUUUACAAAUAAAAGGCUUAACGACAGAAACAGGAGAGAAACUUGGAGAAACAUUAACGAAGAAUGCAGAUAACUUGGAUCAAAUAUUUAAUACAGAAGAUAGCAGUAUUAAUUCUGUCAAUUCGGAUGCAAAUGCUCCUAUUUUUGACGAACAAAGACAGUUUAUAGAGAAGAACCAACAAUGUCAAAAACAAUGUGUAUUAUCGAAAGAUGAUCUACUUAACAAUGAAUUUACAGAAAAUACUAAUGUCAGUGACAUGCAUUGUCAACAAGAAUCUUCUGAUUCAGCUCAUAACAUACAAGAUGUACAAACUAUAGAAAACAACAUUUCUACAAGUGUAGAAGAAGAAGAAGAAGAACCACUAGAUUGUACAGCUGAUAUAAGUAAUAUGGAAUCAAAGCAUGAACCAUUGGAUUAUACAAUUGACGUAGAUACAGAAGCAGGAUAUAAAACAUGUUUGCCUAACGAAUCGCUUUAUAAACCUGAAGAAAAUUUACAGACAAAAGGUUUAAGUAACAUGUCUAGUUUCGAAAGUGAAUUUACAUACGAAACUGGUUGUCAUGGUAAAGGUCGUCGAACUGUUAAAGGUAUAUCCAACAAUAGUUUGCCACUGGAAACAACUUUACGCGUUGUAUCUGAAUUGGGACCAACUUUGCGUAUGGAAAGAGGCAAAGUUAUUCGAAUGUAUUCAUGUCCAUGGUGUCUUCGUCAUUUUACGCGUAAGGAAAAUCUUAAAUUACACGUUCGAUAUAUUCACGGUCCGCUUGAAAGCCUAACGUGUAGACUUUGCGGUAAUAAAUAUAAAAACAGUAACAGUUUACGUGUACAUUCGUAUCUGUAUCAUAACGCCAAACGCGACAAACCUAAUAAGUCAAUAAUAGAUGGUGGCGCAUGAAAUUAAAGUCGAACAAUUAACAUUCAAAUUUGCAAAAAAUUAUUGCAUCACAUAUGUAAUAUAAUUAAUGUGAUGUAGUUUUAUUUACAAGAAAGUUUGACAUUUGUUGGCAAUUAACAAGAAAAUUUAUAAAAAUUAUUUAAUAAUUUUUUAUUUACAUUUUGUUCGAUAUAAUUAUGAACCUAUUUAAAAAUUCUCGAUAAAUUUGGAGAAAUAUGAUAUUCUCUUAAUUAAGCAAGCAUAGACUUAAUUAGACUUAAUAAAGACAAAUUUAGAAUAUUUUAUAUAAAACAGGUUACUUU